UCGAACCCCGGAGCAACAUGUCGGCGUCCGUGAGGGGUAGCUAUGGGCAAAGAUAGUGUUGGGUGUCGUUUUCUCUGGGGUUAUUGACCGACUGGAGCUUUCCGCGACCGAACGGCGAAAGGAAGUGUGAUACGUGGGUAACUUUAGCGACCGGCCGCCCGCGUUCCUCCUCAAUUAGGAGCCGAGUCCUGGGCACUGACCAGCAUGAGCAAUAUCUACAUUCAGGAGCCUCCCACGAACGGGAAGGUUUUAUUGAAAACUACAGCUGGAGAUAUCGAUAUAGAGUUGUGGUCAAAAGAAGCACCUAAAGCUUGCAGAAAUUUCAUUCAGCUUUGUUUGGAAGCAUAUUAUGACAAGACCAUUUUUCAUAGAGUUGUACCUGGUUUUAUAGUCCAAGGAGGAGAUCCUACUGGCACAGGAACUGGUGGAGAGUCUAUCUAUGGAGCCCCAUUCAAGGAUGAAUUCCACUCACGAUUGCGUUUUAAUCGGCGAGGACUGGUUGCCAUGGCAAAUGCUGGUCCUCAUGAUAAUGGCAGCCAGUUUUUUUUUACGCUGGGUCGAGCAGAUGAACUUAACAAUAAGCACACCAUCUUUGGAAAGAUUACAGGGGAUACAAUAUAUAACAUGCUGCGACUGGCAGAAGUAGACACUGAUAAUGAAGAAAGACCACUUAAUCCACACAGAAUAAAAAGUUGUGAGGUUUUGUUUAAUCCUUUUGACGACAUCAUUCCAAGGGAAAUAAAAAAGCUGAAAAAAGAGAAACCAGAGGAGAAAGUAAAGACAUUGAAACCCAAAGGCACAAAAAAUUUUAGUUUGCUUUCAUUUGGAGAGGAAGCUGAGGAAGAAGAGGAGGAAGUAAAUCGAGUUAGUCAGAGCAUGAAGGGGAAAAGCAAAAGUAGUCACGACUUGCUUAAGGAUGAUCCACACCUCAGUUCUGUUCCAGUUGUUGAGAGUGAAAAGGGUGAUGCAGCAGGAGAUUUAGAUGAUGAUGAAGAAUUUGAGGGUGCAGAGAAUGAUGAAAACAUUGAUGGUGAUGAGAAGAGCCUGAUGAGAGAAAGAAUUGCAAAAAAGUUAAAAAAGGACCCAAAUGCAAGUGUUAAAUCAGCUGGAGAGGGAGAAGGGGAGAAGAAAUCAGUUAGCCGCAGUGAAGAGCUCAGAAAAGAAGCAAGACAAUUAAAGCGGGAACUCUUAGCAGCAAAACAAAAAAAAGUAGAAAAUGCAACAAAACAAGCAGAAAAAUCAAGUGAAGAGGAAGAGGCUGCUCUAGGUGGUGCUGUUGCAGAAUACAGAAGAGAAAAGCAAAAGUAUGAAGCUCUGAGGAAGCAGCAGCCCAAGAAGGGAACUUCUCGGGAAGACCAGACCCUUGCGCUGCUAAACCAGUUUAAAUCUAAACUCACGCAAGCAAUUGCUGAAACUCCUGAAGACAACGUUUCUGAAAUGGAAGUAGAAGAUGAUGAAGGAUGGAUGUCACAUGUACUUCAGUUUGAGGAUAAAAGCAGAAAAGUGAAAGAUGCGAGCAUGCAGGACUCAGACACGUUUGAAAUCUAUGAUCCCCGGAAUCCAGUGAAUAAAAGAAGAAGGGAAGAAAGCAAAAAGCUGAUGAGAGAGAAAAAGGAAAGAAGAUAGAAGGAGAGGACUGACACCCAGAGCAGGUGGAAGUGUGCCUGCAGUGCAUGGCCUCAUGACAGCCAUUGCUCCCAGCAGCAUCACUUAGGCAUGGGAAAAAGUCUGGUUUUGAAAACCAGGGUCUUGUUAUGUAAAUUGUGGACUGUCACAAACACAUGCUCUUGGUUACUGGAACACACUUUUAUUCUGCAUUGACCUUUUAUAUUGUUAAAUGUGAAAUAAAAUCACUUUCCUUCCAGUUUUCAUGUUAACCAUGUGCAGACCAUGCAAGCCUACUUGUGCUUUUUUACCCUAAAAUAUGUGAAGGCUUCAUUUUUGAGAUUUUUUCUAAGAAAUUCCUGCAAAAAGAAUAUUUGAGGAAAACCUCUUUGGCAUUCUGUCAUCAGAAUACUAGCUUUGGAAUAUAAUAAAAUAUAUAUACAUAUAAUAUAAA